ACGAACUUAACGGUAGGGCAAACUGCAGCCGUUGGAUGGGCGCGUUUUGAAAGGUCACGAUGAUUCAGCUGAAUGGGAAGGGUUUUGCGGGCAUGGAGACGAUGGCAUGGAGGGAAAUGUGGCCUCGGCGGAGGCCAAGAAAGGAGGAGACAAGGACGGCAAGAAAUCGACGCCAAAGAUCACGGCCAAAGAUAUAAAGACGUGCCCUCCCGACUCGCGCUUCCCAGUGACCAACCAAACGAAGAAUUGCUUCACGAAAUACGUGGAGUAUCACAAGUGAGUGGAAAGGAUUUUGGAGAGAAGAGAUCAAAUUUUUCUUCUUCUUGUGUUAGAUGCAUCCAAGAAAAUGGCGAGGGCGAUUCGAGAUGUGAGAAGUACAGGCGAGCUUACAAGUCAUUGUGCCCCAUCGAAUGGGUAAAGAAUCCUCUUUUUCCUCUCGAGCCGAGGCGAUGAGACUGAAAAACCAAAAAAAAAAA